AUGUCCAAUUUUGAGCCGAAUGCUAUUAUCAGGGGUGCACAGCUGACCUUAGUUGGAGCUCAUCGAGCUCUUCAGAAUCCGGGGCUUUUCAAAUCAGAGCACUAUAGGCAGGCCGCUCUGGCCGUCAUUGCUGGCAUCGCAAUUCGUGCGAUUGUAUCUAUCCCGGUUAUUCUGGUCAAAUUUACCAUAUGGAUAAUAUCCUGGGUGGUUGAUCUCCAAGCAGUAACAUGGGAUGACACUCUGAUCAACGGUCUUGAUUUCGUCUCAAAUUAUGUUUUGCAAGUUCCAUUUUUGCUGAUGACCUUAAUGCGAUACAUCACCCCGACUUUGGACAAUGUUUUUAUGGAAUCCCUUAGAUGGGUAGACUCGACUUAUGUCCUGAAGCACAAAUCUGACAAUCCAGAGAAUCUACGUGCGAUGUAUUAUCAGAACCUCGUCAUGUACUCCAACAAGCAUGAAAAACAUGAAAAAAAUAUUGGAGAUGUCGCAGCAUCUCUCCGCUCUUUUUUCACGCGUUAUAGCCGGAGGACGGUUUUAUCACUUGCCGUUUACUUAUUGUCUCUGUUGCCUGUGAUAGGAAGGUUUGUUCUUCCAGCGGCAAGUUUUUAUACUUUUAACAAGGCCGUGGGUCCUGUUCCCGCUACUGCUGUUUUUGGAGCCGGGCUUAUCCUCCCAAAACGGUAUUUGAUCAUGUUUUUACAGAGCUACUUUGCAUCACGCAGUCUGAUGAGAGAAUUGCUUGAGCCAUAUUUUUCGCGCGUUAAAUUUAACAAAAAGCAAAAGCGCGGAUGGUUUCUUGACAGAGAGGGUGUUCUUUUCGGAUUUGCGAUUGGAUUUUAUACUCUGAUUAAAAUUCCAUUGGUUGGCGUUCUUCUAUACGGCGUGGCUGAAGCGUCAACAGCAUAUCUUAUUACUAAAAUUACAGACCCGCCUCCUCCACCUGCGUAUGCGGAAGAUUUUGCGGAGAGUCAAGUUCGUUGGACGAAUAAGCAUAAGAUGUUAGCCCUGACGAUUAGAACGCUUGAUAAUUACAAUGUCCAAGAGGACGAAGAAACUGAUGUUAAAAAGGAAAUGCCACAAAAGAAGUUCAGUUAG